AUGAAAUCAUCAAUAUUAUUAAUAAUCGUAGCAGUAGUUGCAACAUUGAUGGUUGUCAACUCUGUUGGCAUUAAUAUCAAUAGUCAACAACAACAUCAACAAAUUCAUAAUAGAGUAUCAAAAACAAGACAACUCAAUCCAAAUUGUACAACACCAAAUAUUACAAGAUUACAUCAAUACAUUGAUGCCACUGUUGCAUCGUAUGGUUACUGUGAGGGUACUGAAUGGGCCUUUUCCGAUUUUAUCACAGAGCCAUUCAUCGAAUCCUACAACGCCAACAAUUCACAACAAACUGCUUCGACCAUCAAGUUGUGGGUACUCAUUGCAGUUUUACAAGAUGUCCAAAAUGGACUUUACUCACUCGACACUGUCAUUGAAUGUUCAGGUCAAAACCUAACCAUCAAUGGUUGUUUGGCUCUCAUGAUUGGAAUCUCUGAUAAUUGUGCUACUUUUGAUAUGACCAAACAAACUACUUUAACUCAUGUUAAUGAAGUAUUUGCAUCAUUGGGAAUGACAAAUAGUCAAUUCCAUGAAUGGUGUUUUACAACAUGUCCAGGAUACACUAGUCCAUGUCCAAAUAAUGAUGGUACGGGACUUGACAAUGUAUUGAGUUCACAUGAUGUUGUUCACGGUCUCCAAUUACUCCAUUCAUUUGAGGCAUUGCCUGAAAACUAUACUUACCAAGCCUACAAGUAUCUUUUGACUGCUCAUGGAUGGACACCCAUGUUGGGUCUAUUGGUACCAGCACCAGUUGCACACAAGCAAGGUUGGCUCCCAGCCGACGAAGGAUUCAUCCCCUUUACCGAGAAUGACGAGGCUAUCGUCUUUUCUGAAUGUGGUGAUUAUGCUGCCUCGGUCAUGAUUACUCGUAACUGGACUAAUCCACAAGAAGACAACUACGCUUUAGCAUUGGGUGCUCAAAUCGGUAGACUCGCUUAUUGUACAAUGGUACCUUUUGGAUAUGCCAACGAUGGUAUUGCAUGUGAACAAACUUGGUCUCAACCAUUACCUUCUCCAACUGGUUGUUAA